AUAUAUAUAUAUAUAUAUAUAUGUGUGUGUGUGAUUGUGUUGAGUAAUAGUUGUGAAAAUGAUGAUCUAUGUAUUGUUUUUCCUCAUAUAUUUUUUGAGAAGUCAUGUUUGUCUUAAUGAAGGAACUCAAACUAUACUAAAGGAAUAUUUGGAGUUGGAGAGACAAAUUCAGCCUAUUAAUAAGCCUCCUAUAAAGAGUAUUCAUACGGAGUUUGGAGAUAUUAUUGAUUGUAUUGACAUUUACAAACAACCAUCAUUUGAUCAUCCUUUAUUGAAGGACCAUAAGUUACAGAAAAAACCCAACUUUCACAAUUUGACUGGAGAAUCAAGUCACACAAAUUUAGGAACUAGGUUCAAGUUUGGAUUGAGUAAAGAUGAAUGUCCGAAGGGGACUGUUCCUAUACUCAGAACAAGAAAAGAUGACCAUAUUCGAGAACAAUCAAUGUUAAACAAUCAUAUAUUGGCUGAAGGCCUUCCUGGUAUUCAUCUUGCAGAAAUUUACCUUUUACGAAAAUAUGGUCCUUAUUACGGUGUGACAGGAAUAAAUAGUAUUUAUAAUCCACGGGUUGAUUCAAAGCUUCAAAUCUCUAUGUCUCAUGUAUGGGUUGAAAAGGGAGUAAGAACAUCCGGUAACAAGAUCUCAGUAGGAUGGCAUGUGGCUCCACAACUAUACGGUGAUUAUGCAUCCCAUUUUUAUACUUCGUGGACGUCAGAUAACUACCAGAAGACGGGAUGUUACAAUAUUCAAUGUGCAGGUUUUAUUCAGACUAGCAAAAUACAUUAUCUUGGUGCACGCAUAACCAAUGUAUCUGUCUACGGUGGAUCGGUUUAUGACUCUUUACUUUCUAUUUCUAUGGAUCCAACGACCAAAAAUUGGUGGGUAAUUAUAAACAAUAAGUUUAUUGGAUAUUUUCCAGCAAAAUUGUUCUCCAACCUAAACAAAGCUGACCAUGUAGGAUGGGGUGGAAGAACAUAUACUGAGCCUGCAGGUUCUUCGAGUCCUCAAAUGGGAUCUGGACAUUUUCCUGAUGAUAGUGCGUGUUACUUUAGACAGAUGUCAUUUCAAGAUGAAUCCAGACUAGCUAAGGAACCUAAUGAACAUCAAAUGUAUCCCUUCGUUGACAAACCCACUUGUUACAAUAUUAGAAACAAAGGAGAUAAAACCCGCCACUUUGGUUACCUUUUCGAGUUUGGAGGACCUGGUGGUAGUUGUGGCGAUUAAUUUAUUUUCAAUUAAAUUUUAUAUCGAAUAAAGAAAACUAUCAUAUUUAUAAUAUAUUACUUUGAUA